UGUACAUAUGUAUGUGUUGGCGACAAGCUGGAGGAACAAAAGUGUUGACGAUUUCUCAAGCGGCGCGAGAAUGUCAAUGUACUUUUGGUCGCCAAUAGACAACGACGUAUCAACGGAAGUUUGCAAAUACUUUCAAAGCUCCACGUAUACAACCACAAAGCCUCCGUCAAUAUGUCGACUCCUGUCGGGCCAGAACCAUCCAACGUAAUUUGUACAGCUUGUAAUAAGCAAGUAACCACAAGUGUGACCUAUGUAUCAUCGACGAAAACCCAUUUGAUCGCUUUGCUUCUAUGUGUUUUGGGAUGUUGCCCGUGCGCUUGCUGCCUCUAUUGCACGAAAUGUUGUCGUAAUGUCGAACAUCGUUGCCCUUCGUGUAACACUUUCUUGGGAAUUUAUGAACGUUGAAGUGGUAUUAUAUGAUGCAAAUAACAGUUACUUUCAACGGCCUCAAUAAUAUACAUUCAUAUUUUUGCAUGUGUACGUAUAAAUAUUAACUUUAUAAACUAAGUUUUGAAAAAAAUAUGAGAUUUCCUACAAUAUAUGAUAAAGCUCGAAUGCAAUUCCUUUAAAGCAAAUAAAACCGAUAUUUCUUAAUAUA